AUGCCACAAAGAAAAAUUGGCAAAGGCAAUGGCUUUAGGAGCAACCUAACCCUCGACAAACAACUAGGAAAAAUAACUGUUAGGGAAAACUGGGAAGAUUCCGUUCUUGCUGCGGCUGGUAUGAGAGCCAUCUACCGAGCUCGUGGGAAGAUGGUGCAAUUGUACGUCGUGAGAUGCGGUGCUGAAGCCAAGAUUUCUUUGGUGAUGGCCCUGCGCGAUCACUAUCGGGGUAGGUUCGAUCACUGGGAGAUCGAUCUUGUAGAGUAUCUUCCCCUUCUUAUGUCCAAAAGGCACAUGCGAGAGCUUGCUGGAUUGCUCUUGGUGGAAAGGGGAAAUGUUGGUUCUAGCGGGCCUGCAUCGCCUUCCCCGCCAACCGUUGGGGUCGUUUCCCCAGUUUGUUCGCCAGGUCUUGCUCCUCCCGGUUUGCCUAUGGGGGUACAAGCAGGAAAAAGUAGUGCUCUUAUUCGGAAAAGGACUGUGUCUGUGGCCAGGCUUCUUGGCGGUACUGGGGGUAUUCUUAAUGAUCGAUUUUCUGUGCUUGAGCAGAAAGAGAUAGUGGUGGCACCUAAUUCUCUGGAGGCGUCACCCUUACCAUUUUUUGGUUCACCAUUGGUUAAUCUUGGUUCCGGCUCUAUGUUUGCGGGUGCACCGAGUUCGCCUGGAGGUUCUUUUCAGUUCGAGAAGCCAUCCCUGUUUGGCGAAAUAGGAACUUCGUCUCACUCCCCGUCUUUCGAGGCCUAUGCUCCGGGCUGGGUGAUUACUAGAGAUUCCUUACUGUCGGAAGACACUACCGCCCAGGAGUGGAGUAGAUGCGCUCAUCCUCUAGCUACAAUGAGUUUGCUUGCGGGUCAAGCACGUUCACGUAUGGCUAAUGGCCUUUUGUAUGCCACGACCCAGACUUAUACCCUUAUGGUUGCUACCACCGCCGGUGUUUGUCACGUUGGUGCGAAUAAGAGGCAGUUGAAAGGAGUGGUUCGCAUAAUUAAUAAAGUUAUCGAGAGGGCGGAAUUCGAGAGCGGGAUCCAGGGUGUUUGUCAGGCAUGUAAGGCCCUUGGGUUUGAAAAGAGGAAGCAACUGGGUGGUUGUUCCACAAGUAUCGGAGAAUCUGAAUUCCCAGAUCCUGGCCGUGUUGCAAGAAGAGCUGAAGAGGUGGAUGCCACUCUAUCGUCCCUAGCUGAGAUAGAUUUCGCGGGCCUCUUUCGCUUGGGGGAGCUGGAUUAUGACGACCUCUGCCAGUUUUUUCACAGGCCGAAUCCGGGAGGUUCUUUCUUACAAUUCGAGGGCUAA